GCAUUGAGAUGCCCCUAGGCCCUAGCUCUAGUUGCCAAAUAUACAUACAAUUUACACCCCUAAAUGCCCCCAAAAUCCACAUGAAACCACUUGGCAAUGCCCACAAUUUCAUCAAAACAAGAUCCCAAAUCCCAUUCCACUGCUAUUUUUUUCCCCUCUGAUGAAAAGUUGUACACAUCCUGUCAAGCAGCUUUCCUCCUUGUCCCCUUGUGAAGACCCUGCUGCUUGACCGGUUUCCCAAAGCAGGCCGCUCCCCUGGUCUCCUUCCUCUGCGGCCGCCCUCUACAGACCAGCUGCAGGUUCCAUUCUCGGCUACCCACCACCAACCCAAAGCCUGCCGCCACCGCCACUUUGCUCACAUGCCCACUGCACUCCCGACACGACACGCCCGCCAUGUCACGCCAAGCCCAACGUCUCCUCCUCCUCCUCCUCUUCCUCCUGAGCUGCUCAAGACAAGAUCAAACGCGCCCUGCAGAAGCACAAGAAGCAGAAGCGAGUAGCGCUAGCGCAGAGGGAGGGAGGAGCUCGUGCUGCUAGUCUGCUGCCGGUUGUUCGUCGGCCAUGGCUGGAGGAGGGUGGCUGCCGCUGGACCUGUCGCUGGCCACCUCGGGGGCGGGGACGUCGGCGUCGGCGGCGGAGCGGCGGACGGGGACGCGCGCGCACCGGCGCACCGUGUCCUCCCUCUUCGCCGAGCUGGGCGCCAUGCUCCCCAACGACCUCCCCACCAACCGGCCGGCGAGCCGGGAGGAGAUCGUGGAUGCGGCGGCGGCGCGGGUGAGGAUGCUGGAGGAGGCGGCGGCCGUGCUGGAGACGUACCGCGCGGUGCGGGGGCCGCCGUGCCCGCGCCCGCGGCCCGAGGUGGCCGUCGCCGUCGCCACUGUCUGCUUCUCCGCGCGGCUGCCGGCGCCGACGAGGCCGAGCGCCCUGACGCGCGUGCUGGAGGCGUUCCACCGCCGCGGGGUGGAGGUGCUGGUGGCCACGGUGGCGCGCCACGGCCACGGCGGGGGCGCCGCCGUCGUCACCGUCACCGCGACCGCCGCGCCGUCGGAGGUGCUGGAGCUCAUCAGGGCAGACAUCGCCGCCAUCCACUGAUCGUCGACGGGGUCGGAACGCGCGCCUCGCGGGCAGCGAAACCUUUUGUGACGUCUCUUGCUACCAUGUUCUCGAUCUCCUGCCGUUUUUGGAUCAACAAAACUAGGGCGUUCUUUGUAGCACGAAAGUAGAAGAAAUGAUCAGCGCUGUAGUAAGAACUCCGGCACGGUGCUGGCAUUUUCAGUUCGCCGUGUUUCGAACGAUCGAUUUGCAGUAGCCUCAUGAACAAUGUCUCGCAAUUCCGGUUCGAUCUGAGGAACAAGAGAACUUUGGCAUGUUGUUUACUGUCGAUGUGAACACUACGAACAUUUCAAAAUGUUGUUGAUUUGUGCUGGAGUACUAUGGAAAUGAUGAAAUUUGAGUGAAAAGCAUGAUUUGUGCUGCUAGCUGCUUGCGCUCUUCAUUUUUGUGGCACCACCGACUGCAAAACAUUGCUCGAUAAACUCGCGCAGCAGGAACGCACAGGAAAAAGGAAAGAAAGGAGCAACCACAGCAACCGCUAUAAAAGCAAUCCAUUGCCACUGACAAUCCUAGCAAAAGGGAAGAAUAAUCAAACACAAACUGGAUACUGAGAAGUGAGAAGAUGAGGGCUAUAUUAAAAUUGUUCAUCUGUUUCACAAUCUUCCGCAGCAAGUGAGGCAGGUAGAAGAGAAGGCCUUUGAGGCCAUAUUUACAGCUAAAUAGGUAGACUCCAUCAUCAGUGCUAGAACUAGAAGGUUAGCUUCUUAUACCAAGAGUCGACGAAC